AUGAAAAUUUUGCUGGUUUUUUACUUUGACAAUACAGUUAUAGAUGACAAUACUGACACCUCCAUUGUAAAGUGUGCACCCGAGAAAAAGCUUCCUGUUCAGCUGGAAAAUUCUUACCAAAAAGGAUUUUGGACAGAAUUUAUGGGCAGAGUCUUUAAAUAUCUGGGAGAAAAAGGCAUACGAGAAGAAGAGAUGAAAAGAGCAGUGACAUCAAUACCUUUUACUCCAGGAAUGGUGGAGCUUUUAAGCUUUAUAAGAAAGCAUAAGGAUAAAUUUGAUUGUAUCAUUAUUUCAGAUUCAAACUCCAUCUUCAUAGAUUGGCCAAUGGCUCCUGGUGGCCUGUCCUCUGCUUGCCUGGCAAGCGGGGGUACUGGUAAUAAGAAGGCAGAGAGGGCCGGGGACUUGAGCGCUACCCUAGGCGACGAAAAGACGUGGCAUGUCCUCGGCGCCCUGCGCAGCGCAGUCACGCUCCCUCGGCAGCCGCGGGCGCCCCAUGCAACAGCCGGCAGCUCUGGCCGCUAG